ACUCUUUUGUUCUUUCCUUAUUUUUGUGUCAUCCUCCUUCCACACUAUAUAAUCUCAACACUAUCUCUUCUUCUCCUCCUACAACUCUAUAAAGAAGUAUAAAGAUUUCAUAUUGUUUCAUGGCCACUGUCACACUUGCUUGCCCUACUACUACCACCUUUGAAACAAAAUACUUAAAAAACAACCAUGAAGACUCAUUCUCUUCUUAUCUAAGCCUCAUCAGAGAAAGCCUUGCAAAAGAGCUUGGUGACUCCUCUCCCACCCCUACAACCAUGAGAGUUAGCAUUGGGAAAAGAAGGAACGAAAACGGCGAGCUUGAUGUCUUUCAAGCAGAAAAGUACUUCAGUGGUCUUAUGGAUGAGGAUCAUUCUGAGAAAUCCUUUGAGAGAACUACUGGAACUGAGAAAAAUGUUUACAAAAAACAAGGAAAGAAUAUCAUAAGUUUGAAGUCAAGAUCCGGCACUGAAAGUUCAUGUUCCGAAGCAAGUGGGAACAGCCGGAGUACACUUCUCCGUGAUAGCCGGAGAAAAUCUACUUCCGGUGAUCAGCACCUCAAGAAGAGCAGCAGCAAAAAGUUCCUUGGUGUUUUCCGCUGCUCUUGUGCCGGAAAAGAUGAUAUAAAAGCCGACGAAGAACAUCAUCAUUCUCCCAAUCAUGCAACUGAAUUUUUAACUGAGAGAAUUGUCUUAGGUUUGAAGAGAGAAGGAGUAGCCAUUGGAGCGUUGAGCUCUCCAUUUACAGAGAAACCAAUAAUCAGCUCUAGCUGGAAACGAGGCUCUCCGGCGGGCUUUGUUGCAGCCGGCGGCGGCGGCGGCGGCGGCGGUGACAAUGAUGAUGUUCAUAGUGAGUCUAGUUCUGAUUUGUUUGAGAUUGAAAGCCUGAACCUUUCCAUUCAUGUUCAUCCAUUGUUCAACCCGGAGCCGGCGUACGAGCCGAGCGAGGCGAGCAUUGAAUGGAGCGUGGCCACGGCCAGCGUUGCCAACGAUGAUCACCGGAAGAUCGAAACCAUGAAGAAAGCUAUUAAGAAUCACAAGACUGGAUUGUUGUCAGGCUGUGCAGACAGCAAAGCAGUGAGUGUUCAUACUCAUGAUACUGAUCAUCAGGAGUUUGAGAAGCCGGAGAGAGUGAACUCCGGCAGAGAUGAUCAUCGCUUUGCUUUGCAAGAUUUGCCGCCGGUGGCGAGGUAUCAUGCAUCACAGGCGAUAUACACUCGUUAGAACACCAUCUUGAUUAAUUAGUCUUAUGUUAUAUUAUCUAUGUUGUGUUUAAUUAUUGGUUGUUAAUUAGCACUAUGUUUAUAUGUAUGCCUAUAUACGAUCAAGUAAAACAUUAAUCCAUUAGAAUGUAUGAUCACAUGGUAAUGAUUUAUGGAAGAGAGACUAUUUAUGUGAUUGGCUAUGAGAAGGUUGUUUUGAGUGGUAAUCAGUGGUGCAUGAGUAGUUUCAUUGUAAUGAUUGGGAGUGUUAUGAGUUGAAGUGGUCUCAGGUGUUUAAAGAGAGGGAGAUGUCACUGAGAAGGGCUUGUCAUUGGUUAGAAGUGGACCUUUUAUG